UGGGUGAAAAAUUUUGUGAUAUACAAGAUACACCUUCAGCAGCCAUCAACUUGGUAUAUCAAGAAGUUACUGGAAGUCAAACUAAAACCAAGCAUUCAGGACUAGCAGUUUUGGGGUUUUAUAAUGAAGAAAUUGUUUCAGAAAUGAUUAAUGACAUACUAUUUUUUCCACUAUACGUAGAGGUUGACAAAUUUUCUAUAUUAAUCUCAAAAAUCGAAUAUUCUUCUCAAGAAGAUCUUUUGUAUGCCGGACCUGGUUACAAAUCUUCUUUAAUAACACGUCGUGGAUCAGAGCCAUACCUUAUCUCACAGCAAAUUUUAGAAGAUCAUCAAUACAGUUUGCGAGAUCAUUAUGCACUUUUUGGGUUAAAGGAUCCGCAAGUUCAAGCAUUAUUGGCAAAUAAUAAAGGAAAUGUGUUUUGGACAUGUGCUGUAGAUCCUGAGGCAGAUUGGCAAACUCUCAAAAAUUUAUAUAAUUGGAGAUUAUUGCAAACGCAGGAUUUUUCAUAUACUAAUACUGAUUGUCAAUUUUGGGAUAGUUUUUGUCAAGCAUUAGAUACUAACAAGAGAGGGGUGAAAGGAAAAAUUAGAGUACUUUCAAUUAUUGUACUUGAUUUUAGUUACCAGGAUCUUCAAAACGAAUUAGGACAUACACGUCUCUAUGGUCCCAGUUCUCCACCAAUCGAAAUGCCAAAAAAAAAAAUUCAAAUAAUGGCCGAAUUCAAAGAAAAGCAGUUCGAAUUAUUUUUUUUAGACAAAAAUAACGUAACAAUGAGUUCCUAUAAGAUAGAUCCAAAAACCAAUUUACCCAUUCUUUAUUUCUGUAAUAACAAAACUGAGCUUUGGAAAAAGUUUCAACAAAUGUUUCCAAAUGUGAUGAAAAAAACUUCUUUCAUGGGUCGAAUUGCUGAUUGCACUCAACUAACGUAUCGAGAUGAUUUGGGUGGUCUGUGUAGCAUCUGUAACGAAUACAGAAAUAGUGAAUCAGAGAUUGAAGAUGCUGAGACUAAUAAAAAAAAAAGGUGGCCAACUGAAGGACCUUUAGCUGGAUUUAUUCGCGCAAGAGGACUUCCACAUGCGGGCCCGUGGAAAAACUUUUCUCCAGCAGAAAUCACAAAAUUAACUGUUCCUACAAAUAACAAAAUGACCGAGAUAGAAGGCAUUACCAAUUUUAAUAACGGAGAUGAUGAUCGAGGUUCUGAAAUGGACGUUGAAGACAUUCCCAAUCUUAACGAGGAUAAUUAUCAAGGAGGUUUCGAAACAGACGUCAAAGCAAACGCUAAAUUUGGUAAAAAGGGCGGAGGCAAAAAGAUUAAAAAAAAGGUUGUUAAUUUGUUAAAACAAUUCUUUCUAAAUAGAAAUAUAAAUGCCAAAGACAAGUUAACAGCUCAGGAAAUGCACUUGGAGCUUAAGAAGUUUGCACAGUCCAGAGAAAUUGACGAUGAAGACAUUCCUCAAGUAUCUACGAUUCACAACUGA